AUGCCUUCCUCAAAGCAAUUGCCACCGAAUGAGCCAGCGAAUGCUCCAUUCCAAAUACUCAAGAUCUACGAGUAUUUCAGAGUCUUUAAUGAGCCUGAAGAUGUUUCAUUUAGAUCUGAUCUGGGAAUACAGGCAGAUGAACCACAUACAUGGAUCCACACUUGGCUUGAAGAACUUCAAAAUGCCAAUAAAAGAUCAAUGUAUGGUUGGCCCCGUGAUCAAAAAGAGGGUACCGGGUCGUUCUAUCUGGUAGACCAUGUUUGGAUUUGGAAUGCAGUAUCCGCCAUCAGCAAAAUGUUCCCGCAGAAGAACGAUACCAUGAAGAUGAAAAAAACGAAACCCAAGCAGCAAACCACAUUCCAGACCAGCAUAUCGAUUGUUAAUUCGGAGAAGGCAAAAGUGGAGAUUCUGAAGCGAUUCACAGCUUUCAAUAGUCCGUUCAAAGAGCGAAUGCUUGCGGUAAAGAGAUCUCUUCGGGAGAGCCAAUUUGACUUUCAAUUCUCCGACACUGCUUUGUUUUACGGAUUCCAAUACUCUGGUGUGCCACUCCUGGAUCCUCAAGAUUCGCGUUGGAGGAGCGCUAUCAAAGCCCAGGAAAAAUACGUAUCAGAAGAACAGAACCAAUUGGAGAAUCCAUCAAGAGACUGCAUGAGGCUUCUGAUGGCUGAAUACAUCACCGAACACUAUCAGCCUUUUGACGCCAGACCACAGGAGUUGCAGAACCCCAAUGCAUUGAAGACCGAAGAGAAAAAAGAGUUUGAAGUUGAUUUAAAUCAAGCACGAGAAAACCUAGUGAGCCUUUUCCUUUGCAAUGGCUUAUUCCGAGGCCUUUCAAGCGAAUAUGAAAUUCCGGUUGACCCUCCUUCCUCUCGUGAUUAUUUCCUGCAUACAUCUUUUGAAGCUCAUUACGUUCUAUGGAAUUCAUUCUAUAGGAUCAAAACCGAAAAACCUCCAGCUUGGACUCCUUCCCAAAAACUAUCGGCGCCCGAUAAUUUCAGCCCCAUCGUCCAGCUCAAUCCAAACCUUGACCAAAACAUUGUUGUUGAACCCUCAGAAGAGUGGUUAUACAACUACCCUGAAUUCCUUGAUCGGAAACCAAACCUUCCCCAGGUUUUCGAUACAUAUUACAACUGGCUUGUUGAGAGGUACAGGCAACAAUCUCAUUUACAGUAUGUGGAACUAGCCAUUGAGGAGGCAAAGGGGGAGCCCGAAGGUGUCGAGACAAGACUCCUAAAUAAGUUUGCAAGCAAUGCGAGUAGACCGCACGGAUGUGGUAAUUUGAUGAUCGAUAUUCCCCGAAAGAGCAAUCACUCCAGCAAGCCAUUCUUCAGCCGUCCUAUGUCGGAGUCAUGGGAGAGACUGAAAAAGAGACGCAAUAUCACAAAUUCCAAGAAACGACUGUUAUGGUUUGCACAGCCGGAUCUUCAAGUUGCGUCACUGGCAUUCCUCGCAUCAACCGACAAGGAACAAAUUCACAUGCGUUCAUUUCUGGACCGCCACGCAUCACACAGCUUAUUUCUCGAGAACAAAGCCGUGAGAAUUCGUAAUGUUUGGGAAACAGAGUUCCACUGUAGUUUUAUGCAACUUGUUUAUAGAAAAGGAAGCAAACGCACCCAAGCCAAGAACAAUCGCCAGACGAUAGAUUCCCACACACAUUCCCCAGACUGUGAGCAUGGCAUGGAAUUUGGCGAAUGGGAUCCUGCUUCGAGCGAGUGGUCAGGCAAAUCUAGUAAGAGGUCGAUUGAAGACAUUCUUCGCACCCGAUGUCCAAUGGUCACACCACGAGCGAUUCAUGGAUGGAAGGAUGUUGCGCUUGUCCGCGGGUCCGCGAGUUUUCGCUUCGUUGGUGACUUCUUCGACCGGUACUGGACAUGCCACUUCCUCGAGAGUUAUCCUGCUAUGGAAACAACAGUAGAGACUACUAGUGAUUCUGCCUCUUGGGAAUCCAAAUUGUCUUUUUUGUCUGUGAAGAAGUCGAAAUGUGGAAGGAAAGAUCGAUAUCAAAAUAAAGAUGACGAUGAACAGAUUUUGAAGCGUGUAUUUGGUGAAGAUUCAAAAGAAACAGAAAAGGUAUGGCUGUCGUUCCCCCUCGUUCAUGGGCUCAGUGGUCUAAUUUAA